AUGUCUAACGAAAGCGUACAGCAGAGGUAUGACAACGACGACGAUGGACUGCAUCCCGAUGACGUUCUAAUCACGAAAUGGUUUCCAGAAUGUACAACUCUGGAAUUGUUGGACCGUCGCCCAGAAAGAUGGGAUAUGCUCUCAGACGCCCGAGAAGCAGAGGCUGAUAUCAAGAACGGCACACAUCGCGUCCCACCACAGGUACCCUGGCCAAAGCCGCCUCCCCGACCUCGAUGCGAAUUGGAGGUCGGUAUUGAAGAAUGGCGACGACCGCGGCUCCGCAUGAUGGACCGACUCAUCGCCCAAUGGAAAAUAGCGAAGACUAAUCAUCCUCGUCAUGAUAGAACUCAAGCUGCUCCCUUUACACCGAAGCGUUCGCAGUCUGAACGACAAGGCAUGAGCAAAGCUCAUCACGCACUGCAUGUCGCCGAGCUCUUGGAGAUGGUCAUUGGUCUAUUGGAUCCCAAAUCGAUGCUUACUCUUUGCGCAGUUUCAACCACGCUGCGAGCUGCCGUCGCGGUUGUUCUGGGAUUACAGUACCGCAAAGCUUACCCGUGUGAUCCCAUCGAGUACAACGAAAAGAUUCCACCGGACCUAGAAUGA